AUGGACUUUUUCGACAAUCCAAACUGGUUUUUUACAAAGUGGUUGCUGUCUUCCUUCGGCGCAUGGCCCUUUCAGUCAUCGAGAUUUCGUUAUUUAUCGAGAUAUACUGUAGGGUUUCUCAUUUGUAGUCUACUCGUACCUGAGAUUAUUAAAUUGGUUACAGUUUACGAUGACUUGGGUAAGACGAUAGCAUGCGUGCCGAUACUAGCAUUGCACUCGUUGACAGUCACAAAAAUGUUGAAUUGCUUACUUAACCUUAACCAGAAUAAGUUAUUACUUCUGGAAAUUCAAAAGGAUUGGCAACGGACUUUGUCGCCGGCUGAUGUUGAAAUAUUGAAAAGAAAUGCCAAGCAAAAUAGAUCUAUAACGCAUACAUACAUAUAUUACAUCUAUGCUACCACUUUGAUGUACCUAUUAGGACCAAUGGUGCCAAAAGUGUUGGAUGUGGUGAUGCCUCUCAAUGAAUCUCGGCCGGCUUUGGAGAUUUAUCAGACGGAGUAUUUCGUAGAUCCUGUGAAAAAUAAGAUUCCAAUUUUAGUUCAUGCUUAUGUUAUAAGCCCCUUUCCAUCGACAAUCAUCGUUGCUUUUGAUGCGCUAUACUGUAACUGUGUUAAUCAUGCCUGCAGCAUGUUCGAAAUUGUUGGAAAACGUUUGGAAAACAUCAUAGAUGAUAUCGAUAAUGCGAACCAGAGAUUCUCUCCUAUCAUGGAGAACAAUAUCCACAGCUCCCUGAGAGCGUGCAUCAGGCAACAUCGGAAGUCAUUACAAUUUGCUCACCUGCUUCGAUUGACAUACAGCAUAUGUUUCUUGAGCAUUGUGGUUAUAAAUACUGUGGCGCUGAGUAUCACUCUUUAUCAGGUUGUCCAAAAUCUCGGCGAAACGAGCGAAAUUAUACGAUACGGGACAUUCUCGAUCGGUCAGAUAGUUCAUUUAUUCUUCCUCAGCCGACCCGCUCAAAAGUUGAUGGAUCACAGCAGUCGAAUUCAUUCAUUUGCCUAUCAGGGAUAUUGGUACAACAUUCCGAUGAGAUCUAAGAAAAUGCUGAUCCUGAUAAUGAUGAGGAGCCGAAAUCCUUCUAUCCUAACAGCUGGCAAAUUGUACGUGAUGUCUUUGCAGAGCUUCGCCAGGGUUAUCAAAACAUCAAUGUCAUACUUCACAGUUCUACUUUCAGUCCGAUGA